UGUUAUUUAAACGAUAAUUUGUGUUAUUUAAUAUUAAACCUUCAUUUUGUUUAUAUUAGGUAUCCGCUUACAAAUGACGGUAAUCUCAAGCUGUUUGCGUGUUUUGUGUUAGUUCGUGUUUUUUUGUCGACUCGAGUGCUCCUCCUCACUCCUCCAUGAUCAUUUGUUCUGAGCUAUUGUUUUAGAUACUUUACACUUGGUGCACCGAACAAAACAAGAAAGAAUUUGGACGGUUGAUCGCCGGAAUGUUAAAGAGAUGGUUACCGAGCAAAACUUAUUCCUAUAAACGUGUGUUUUUCUACUUCGUUUUCGUCAUUUUCCUCUUCGUCGUUCUUCGUUAUUUACGUGUUUUUGAAGUGUUUAACUAUGGCAUCGCGUACAUGAAAAUCAUCUUGUUUCUAUUGAAGCAAGAUAAUCAACAUUAUUACGACAUUAUGUUGCAAGAAGCUCAUACCCUUUGGAAUUUGCACGUUUUUCAAAAGAAGUACAUGUCUCAGUGGUGCCAGGACGUUCCCAGCAGAAAUAAUGUCACUUGGCUGAUCACGUUGAACAACGACGAUCUGGCUACUGGUGCUGUUACACUUGGCUAUAUAUUACGGAGAUUUUCAUGUCAAAGAAAGCUUACAGCACUUGUGACAAAAGAUCUCUCAAGGAAAACCCGGAAUGUUCUGGCGAAGGUUGGUUAUAACAUUGUCGAUGUUCAAGGUCUCGAUUGUAACUGGAUGGAUCAAAUGAGAGGAAUUCCUCCAAAAAACACAGGUAUACCUGGUACACAUACUCGCUUUCACGCCUGGAAAAUGGAGCAAUAUGAAAAGAUUAUUUAUGUGGACACAGAUUUUUUACCUCUAGUGAGCAUUGAUGAACUCUUUGACAUCCCAUCGGAGUUUUCGGCAGUGUAUCAUCGACAACCUGGAAUUUUCGAUACUUGUUUCAAUGCAGGAAUUCUUGUUUUCAGACCAUCAAAGAAAGUGUACAAAGAAAUCAUCAAAACGUGGAAGGAGAUGACUGAUGCCAUCGGGUGUCCUCACGAUCAGAGAGUGUUGUGGUAUUAUUUUGCUUUUCAAGGACGAUGGAAUCCGCUACCUUAUGCCUACAAUGUUUGGCGACUUUCUUUCUAUCCUUUGAAGGGCAUUUGGAGUCCUCUUGUUCGAUCCUACAAAGUCGAUGAAAGCUUAUACUAUCCAAUGAAAGCGUAUCAUUUUGCUGGAUUUGGUGUAAUACGCAAGCCGUGGGAAGUUAAGAAGCGACCAUCAAGAAAAGAAGCGGCGAUGUUUUCAGGACCCCUUUUAAAACGUGAGGAUACCAUCUCAUUAUGGUGGCAAAUGUUCUACGAAGCUAUUGAUGUAUUUGGUCUUGAUGAUUGGUGGAAAAAGACUAAAGUUUAUCAUAAUACCACCUGAAAUGUGAAAUAUUGUUCGUAAAUAAUAUUUAGCUCGUACAUAUUAUUUUUAUUAGAGUUUAUAUAAUUGCAUAAAUAUAUGAUAGAAACUCAAA